AAAGUGAAGUGUGAAGGGUUUGAAAGUGAUGCUCCAUCACGUGAAGUGUCAGCGGGACUUAGCAAUUGCAAUUUGCAACCACCUUCCUAUGGCCCUAUGAUGGACAGCGCUGAUUGCUAGGGCUCUUUGGGCCACCUCCAAAUCAUUAUAAUGGUAGAUUUUCAGUACAAACAUAAAUUCUCCCUCAAUAAUGUUUUCCCAAUAAUGGUCCGAUUUUCCAAAAGCUUCAAUCGCCAUUGUGUAAAUUGUAAUUCAAACAAAUUUGGGGAAGAUACUGCGCCGAUCAUCGACAGCCAAUGUUCAAAACUAAUGGGUUUGUGGGGUUCUCUGUUUCCAUCAAAGCUGUAAAGAUUCUGAAUUACAAAGUGCUGGACGGAAGCUCGUUUUGCAGAAUGGACGCAUAGCGACAAUUUCAGAUCUCAGACCCACUUCUCUUGGGGAGCUCUGUUUGAAGCGGAGGAGAAAAGAGGGUUAAAUUUGAAUCGCCAUUUUCGGCCGUGAUUAGUUUGUUUCACUGUUUGUGCAUCGAUUAGCGUGUUUGACGUCUGGAAACAAAAAGUAGUAGGAAAAGGAAGGAAGUUCAGAGAUCAGUCAAAAAGUGAUUAGCAACCAUAAUCUAAGCAUACGCCAGGUGGAAAUAUCACGUGCUGUUCAUUCCAUCACCCUCUGGCUGGUGUUGGUUGCUCCACUGUAUGGAAGGCACUAUGAAUUAAAUUAAUAGAUAGCAUCAAUCGAGGUCUUUGCUGCUGAAUGUAUGUAGAGAAUAAAUUUACAGUUUCUGCCAUCUGGGAUACUUUAAUAAAUUAUAAAGCCACGACCUUUUUAAUCAAAAGAAUAAAGAAAAAUCAAACCUCAAACCGAUGGAGAGAGAGUAAACUGAGGGAAUCCAUAGGCAUCUGCGACUCUCUGCCCCCACAGGCAGAGGUACAAAGCCCAUUCCAACAUAGACAAAGGACCUUUUUGCACUAAUAAUGUCAUCAUACACAAAAAAAGAGAGAAGAAUAGGAAAAGCCCAUGUCAAGGUAGCAUAUGACUCAGAUCUCAGACUCGGAAACCAUCUCAAAUGCUUUGCACUGGAUGUGCUUGAAUGAAGAAGGAUCAAUUGCUUCAGGCCCAGAAUCGAAAGAAAUAGACUGGGGAAAGAGUGGGAGUUUUCACGUUGGUGGGUUUCCAUUUCAAAAUCACGUUUAGAUCCUGAGUUUUUGUAUUCUUCUGAAGGAAAAGUCCAAAAAUAUGCACUGGUCUUCUUGCUCGUGUCGCCCAUUUCAUCUUCUUGUUUCCUGCAUUUAUUGUUUUGUUCUUCUUUGUCAUUAAUCAGACAUUACUGUUUGCCCCUAAUUUUGUGUUACUGAGCUUCUAUUCCUUCAUCGUCUUCCCACUAUUUCAUUGCAGAAUUUGUACACGCCGUUCCCUAUACUGUAAAAGUAAAACGAAGGUCCUCUUUUCCAGUUUACUUAACUCGAAACUCGAACCCCAGAGUUCAAAUACCACAAUACAGUAUCCUUCUUGCCCAACAUUUGUGUUUCUAAGUCUAUUACUCUGUACUAUCGCUUGAAUUCGUUCAUGUAUGAACUCGAACCAUUCAUAGAUAUUAUUUUUUGACUUCAUUCCAGCACAAACUGACGGGGGAAGAAUAAUAACCUGAGAAAGACCAUCAAAGUUCUCAAUCUAUUUUGGAAAAGAUGCUGUGCGCUUGUUCAGGAGAGCAAUUCAAGUUCGAAGAGCCACCGCAGUCUCCAGAGUCACUUGCGACGAGAGAUUUCUCGGCCAGUUGCCUUUCCUCGAGAACUGGAGACUGGGAUUUAAAAUUUGAAGACUCUCAAGUAGAUGAAGUUGAAUCCACUUUAAGAGAAGCCCUCUCAUUAAACUACGAGGAAGCCAGAGCUUUGCUGGGGAGGCUGGAAUACCAAAGAGGAAAUUUUGAUGCUGCCCUACAGGUAUUUCAAGGUAUAGACAUUAGAUCUUUAACACCAAGAAUGGUUAAGGCAAUUACUGAAAAGACAAGGGAGGAAAAGCCUCGUCCUAAAGGUGAAAGUGCCCCCCCUAGUGGGGUAAUGUCCAUGCAUUCUGUUAGCCUACUACUUGAAGCAAUUUUACUCAAGGCAAAAUCACUGGAGGAACUUGGCAGAUAUAUAGAGUCAGCAAAAGAGUGCAGGAUAAUCCUUGAUACAGUGGAAUCAGCUCUGCCUAAUGGAAUGCCCGAAAACAUUGGUGAAGACUGCAAAUUGCAGGAAAUGUUUCACAAAGCUUUGGAAUUACUACCUACUUUGUGGAUUAAGGGAGGGUAUCUGGAUGAGGCCAUAAACGCCUAUCGCCGUGUCCUUGUUAAACCAUGGAAUCUUGAUCCAAACAAGUUGGCUGCCAUACAGAAAGAAUUGGCCGGGACAUUACUCUAUGGAGGUGUUGAAGCAAGCCUUCCCCUUAAGUUUCAUGUAUUUGGCCCAAGAACGCCUAAAAACAAUGUAGAAGAAGCAAUCCUUCUGUUGCUAAUACUCAUGAGGAAAGUGGUGAUGCAAGAAAUAAACUGGGAUCCUGAGAUUAUGAAUCAUCUGACUUAUGCACUUUCUAUCUCAAGACAAUUUGAAUUACUCGCUGAGCAUGUUGAGCGGAUCCUUCCUGGAAUUUAUAGUCGAGCUGAGAGGUGGUACUUUCUUGCUCUAUGUUAUAAUGCUGCAGGACAGAAUGAAGCAGCUUUGAACCUUCUAAUGAAAGUUUGCGGUUCCUCUGAAGUAAAGCACAAGCCCAAUUUUCAUUCUUUUUUGUUGCUUGCAAAAUUGUGUUCAGAGGAUAUGAAAUAUGCACGUGAUGGAAUUAAAUUUUCUCAUAGAAUGAUCGAUAUGGCCAGUGAACAAGGUAAGCAUUUCAAUCCUGAAGCCCACAAAUUUUUAGGUGUUUGCUAUGGGAAUGCAGCUAGAGCGUCUGUGUCAGACUCUGAAAGAACUCUUUUCCAAAAAGAAUCAUUGAACUCCUUACAAGUUUCUUCUCUCGAUAGGAGUCAUGAUCCAGAAGUAAUGUUCAACAUUAGCUUGGAAAAUGCUGUGCAGAGAAAUCUUGAUGUUGCAUUCUACAGUGCAAUGGCGUACUCAAAUAUGGUGGCUGAUGGCUCUGGAAGAGGUUGGAAGCUUUUGACCCUCAUACUUUCAGCUGAGAAGCGACUCAAGGAUGCUGAAACCAUAGUUGAUUUUGCUUUGGAUGAAGCCGAGAGGAUGGAUCAAUUGGAUUUUCUUCGAUUGAAAGCUGUCCUUAAAAUUGCUCAGGAACAGCCAAAGCAAGCAAUAGAAACCUACAGAAUCUUGCUAGCACUAAUUCAAGCACGAGAUGAACUUCAGCUUCAGGCUAAGAACUUUGACCAAUCCAAAGACUUGGAACUGGAGGCAAUGGCAGAACGUAACUUGGAACGGGCAGUCUGGCAGGAUUUGGCUGCCAUAUACUCAAAACUUGCUUCCUGGGCAGAUGCAGAAAUCUGUCUGAACAAAGCCAAGUCAUUAGAUGUUCAUUGCCCCAGAGGUUGGCAUACAACAGGCAAGUAUUUUGAAGCUCGAUCAUUACACAAGGAAGCCCUUGUUUCAUUCUCUGUUUCUCUGUCGAUCAAUCCUGAUUAUAUUCCGAGUAUCAUCUCAACAGCAGAAGUAUUGAUGAAAUGCGGUAACCAAUCACUUCCAAUUGCACGUAGCUUGUUGAUGAAUGCUGUAAGAUUGGAUCCUACAAGCCAUGAAGCAUGGUUCAACCUUGGAGUGCUUUCCAAAAUGGAAGGUCUGUUGCUACAAGCUGCAGACUUUUUUCAAGCUGCACAUGAACUCCAACUAUCUGCUCCUCUUCAGAGUUUCGUCUAAAAGAAUAUUCGUUGGUCACCUUUGGAGCUUGGUAAGUUUAGCAGAUAUGGAAGUUCAAGUAUUGCCUUGGUUGUGCCACCAGCAUAUUCCCAUCAAUCUUCUUUCCUUCUGCAUUCUUUUCCUUGACCACUCAUUAUCUGUUCAAAGCUGAAGGAAUGUUGGACCAACACUUACCAAGAUUUUAGGGUAGUCAUAUGGUUCCAAAUUCUCCAAAUUCUAAUCAACUGAUUUUGUGUAGCGAAUCAAGGAUUUAGUAGAGUAUUAAGUAAAUAGCAUUUUUCUUUUCU